GAACAAGGAGCCGGAAGUGGGGCGCGCGAGGUCUAAGGGCGCGAGGGAAGUGGCGGGCGGGGACUAAAGAGGGGCGUGCAGGUAGCCGGCAGGCCGGGGGUCGCGGGCAUGGCCGAGGCCAGGAAGCGGCGGGAGCUACUUCCCCUUAUCUACCACCAUCUGCUGCGGGCCGGCUAUGUGCGCGCGGCGCGAGAAGUGAAGGAGCAGAGCGGCCAGAAGUGUUUCCUGGCUCAGCCCGUAACCCUUCUGGACAUCUAUACACACUGGCAACAAACCUCAGAGCUUGGCCGGAAGCGGAAGGCAGAGGAAGAUGCGGCACUACAAGCUAAGAAGACCCGUGUGUCGGACCCCAUUAGCACCUCAGAGAGCUCGGAAGAGGAAGAGGAGGCAGAAGCUGAAACCACCAAAGCCACCCCAAGACCACCAUCUACCAACUCCUCAGUCAUGGGGGCGGACUUGACAUCAAGCAUGAAAGAGAAAGCCAAGGCAGAGACAGAGAAAGCCAGCAAGACUGGGAACUCCAUGCCACACCCUGCCACUGGGAAGAUGGUGGCCCACCUUCUCUCUGGGAAGUCUCCCAGGAAGUCAGUAGAGCCCUCAGCAAAUACUAAGUUGGUCUCUGAAACCAAGGAAGAGGUCAGCAUCCCGGCUUUUGGAGCUGCUGCCAAGCCUGGGAUGGUGUCAGCGGGCCAGGCCGACAGCUCCAGCGAGGACACCUCCAGCUCCAGCGAUGAGACAGAUGUGGAGGGGAAACCCUCAGUAAAACCAGCCCAGGUCAAAGCCUCAGUUUCUACCAAGGAAUCUCCAGCAAGAAAGGCAGUCCUAGCCCUUGGAAAGGUGGGGGAUGUGACACCCCAAGUCAGAGAAGGGGCCUUGCCCCCAUCCAGGAGGGCCAAGAAGCCGGAAGAGGAGUCAGAGAGUAGUGAGGAGGGGUCUGAAAGCGAGGAGGAGGCCCCUGCAAGGACACCAAGCCAGGUAAAGGCCUCUGAGAAAAUCACCCAGGUCAGAACUGCCUCUGCCCUUCCCAAGGGGACCCCUGGGAAAGUGGCUGCCCCAGCACCCCCUGGGAAGGCAGGGCCUACAGCCCCCCAGGCCAAGGCAGGGAAGCCGGAGGAGGACUCAGAGAGCAGCAGCGAGGAGUCAUCUGACAGUGAGGAGGAGACGUCAGCUGCCAAGGUCCUGCUGCAGGCCUCAGCAAAAACCCCUCAGGUCAAGGCUGCCUCAGCCCCUGCCAAGGAGUCCCCCAGGAAAGGAGCUGCUCCAGCGCCUCCUGGGAAGAUGGGGCCUGCAGCUGCCAAGGCCCAGGCGGUGAAGCGGGAGGAGGACUCGGAGAGCAGCAGCGAGGAGUCAGACAGUGAAGAGGAGGCGCCUGCUCAGGCGAAGCCUUCAGGGAAGACCCCCCAGGUCAGAGCUGCCUUGGCCCCUGCCAAGGAGUCCCCCAGGAAAGGGGCUGCCCCGACGCCCCCUGGGAAGACAGGGCCUGCCCCAACACCUCCUCGGAAGACAGGGCCUGCAGCCGCCCAGGCCCAGGCGGCGAAGCGGGAGGAGGACUCUGGGAGCAGCAGUGAGGAGUCGGACAGUGACGAGGAGGCACCUGCAGCCAUGAGCACAGCUCAGGUGAAGCCCUUGGGGAAAAACCCCCAGGUGAGACCUGCCUCCACCGUGGGCACGGGGCCCUUGGGGAAAGGCGCCGGCCCAGUGCCACCUGGGAAGGUGGGGAAGAGGGAGGAGGACUCAGAGAGCAGCAGUGAGGAGUCAUCAGACAGUGAUGAUGGAGAGGUGCCCAGAGCUGUGGCCCCAGCUCAGGAAAAGUCCUUGGGGAAAAUCCUCCAGGCUAAACCUGCCUCAGGUCCUGCCAAGGGAAGGGGGGCUGCCCCAGUGCCCCCUCAGGAGGCAGGGCCUGUAGCCAUCCAGGUCAAGGCUGAAAAGCCCACAGAAGACUCAGAGAGCAGCGAGGAGUCAUCAGACAGUGAGAAGGCACCAGCAGCCGUGACUGCAGCUCAGGCAAAACCAGCUCUGAAAGCUCCUCAGACCAAAACCUGCCCAAAGAAAACCAAUACCACUGCAUCUGCCAAGGCCGCCCCUGUGCAAGUGGGCGCCCGAGCCCCCGGGAAAGCAGGAACUGCGACUUCAGCAGGCUCAUCCCCAGCUGUGGCCUGGGGUGCCCAGAGACCAGCAGAGGACUCUUCAAGCAGCGAGGAGUCAGAUAGUGAGGAAGAGAAGACAGGUCCUACAGUAACCACGGGACAGGCGAAGUCUGUGGGGAAAGGCCUCCAAGCGAAAGCUGCCUCAUUGCCUGUCAAGGGGCUUUUGGGGCAAGGGACUACCCCAGUACUCCCUGGGAAGACGCAGCCUUCAGUCACCCAGGUGAAAGCUGAGAUGCAAGAAGACUCUGAGAGCAGUGAGGAGGAAUCAGACAGUGAGGAGGCAGACGGGACUCCUGCACAGGUAAAAACCUCAGUAAAAAAAACCCAGGACAAAGCCAACCCGGCUGCUGCCAGAGCAUCUUCAGCGAAAGGGACAAUUUCAGCUCCUGGAAAAGUUGUCAGUGCAGCUGCUCAAGCCAAACAGAGAUCUCCAGCCAAGGCAAGUGAGGUAAAGCCACAAGCAAGAAACCCCCAGAACAGUGCCGUCUUGGUGAGGGGCCCAGCAUCUGUGCCACCUGUGGGGAAGGCAGUGGCCCAGACAGAGCCAGAGGAGGACUCAGGGAGCAGUGAGGAGGAGUCGGACAGUGAGGAGGAGACGACGGAGAUGCCAGCUCAGAUGAAGCCUUCAGGGAAGAGCCCCCAGGUCAGAGCUGCCUUGGUCCCUGCCAAGGAGUCCCCCAGCAAAGGAGCUGGCCUAGCACCUCCUGGGAAGACAGGGCCUUUGACCGCCCAGGCGGGGAGGCAGAAGGAUGACUCAGGGAGCAGCAGUGAGGAGUCAGACAGUGACGGGGAGGCACCGGCAGCUGUGACCUCUGCCCAGGUCUUGUCCCCUCAGAAGGAUGGUAACUCCAAACCUGCCAGAAGCAAGACCCUGGUCCCAGCACCUCCAAAGAGGAACAUGGAGGGGUCCUCAGAGAGCAGUGAGGAAGAGCUGCCACUGACCCAGGUGAUUAAAACCCCUCUGAUUUUUGUCGACCCUAAUCGUAGUCCAGCUGGCCCAGCUGCUACCCCCGCACAAGCCCAGGCUGCGAGCACCCCGAGGAAGGCCCGAGCCUCAGAGAGCACAGCUAGGAGUUCCUCCUCUGAGAGCGAGGAUGAGGACAUGGUCUCCGCUACACAGUGCUUGACUCCUGCCAUUAGAACCAACGCAGUGACUGUGCCUACCACCCAUCCAAGGACAGCUCCCAAAGCCAGCACGGCUAGGGCCAGCAGCAACAAGGAGUACAGUAGGAUAUCAGAUGGCAAGAAACAGGAGGGACCAGCCACUCAGGUGUUAAAGAAGAACCCAGCUUCCCUCCCACUGACCCAGGCUGCCCUGAAGGUCCUCGCCCAGAAAGCCAGUGAGGCUCAGCCUCCUGUUGCCAGGACCCAACCUUCAAGUGGGGUUGACAGUGCUGUGGGAACCCUCCCUGCAACGAGUCCCCAGAGCACCCCCGUCCAGGCCAGAGGGACCAACAAGCUCAGAAAACCUAAGCUUCCUGAUGGCCAGCAGGCCGCCAAAGCCCCUGGGAGCUCAGAUGACAGUGAGGACAGCAGCGACAGCUCUUCAGGAAGCGAGGAAGAUGCUGCAGGGCCCCAGGUGGCCAAGUCAGCCCACAGGCUAGUAGGUCCCAACCCCUCCAGGAUGGAGACCCUGGUAGAGGAGACCACAGCAGAAUCCAGCGAGGAUGAUGUCGUGGCGCCAUCCCAGUCUCUCCUCUCAGGUUAUGUGACCCCUGGACUAACCCUAGCCAAUUCCCAGGCCUCAAAAGCCACUCCCAAGCCAGACUCCAAUCCUUCAGUUUCCUCUACUCUGGCCACCAGAGAUGACCCAGAUAGCAAGCAGGAGGCAGAGCUCCAACAGGCAACAGACACCUUGUCCCCUAAAACAGGUGGAAAAGAGGCUGUCUCAGGCACCAAACCUCAGAAGUCCCAGAAGCCCAAGAAAGGGGCUGGGAACCCCCAGACCUCAACCCUGGCGCUGCAAAGCAACAUCGCCCAGCGCCUCAUGGGCCAACCCUGGCCCCUGAGCGAGGCCCAGGUGCAGGCCUCGGUGAUGAAGGUCCUGACUGAGCUGCUGGAGCAAGAAAAAAAGAAGGCGGCAGAUGUUACCAAGGAGAGCAGCAGGAAGGGCUGGGAGAGCCGCAAGCGGAAGCUGUCCGGAGACCAGCCUGCUGCCAGGAACAAGAAGAAGAAGCUGGGGGCCGGAGAAGGUGGGGAGGCCUCUGUCUCCCCAGAAAAGGCCUCCAUGACUUCCAAGGGAAAAGCAAAGAGAGACAAAGCAAGUGACGGCAUCAAGGAGAAGAAGGGGAAGGGGUCUUCUGGCUCCCAAGGGGCCAAGGACAAGCCAGAAGAGGAGCUUCAGAAGGGGAUGGGGAAGGUUGAAGGUGGAGAUCAAAGCAACCCAAAGAGCAAGAAGGAGAAGAAGAAAUCAGACAAGAGAAAAAAAGACAAGGAAAAAAAGGAAAAGAAGAAGAAAGCAAAAAAGGCCUCAACCAAAGAUCCGGAGUCACUAUCCCAGAAGAAAAAGAAGAAAAAGAAGAAGACACCAGAGCAGACUGUAUGAUGAGCAUCAGCACAAGUCACAGGGAUUUUCUAGCCGAGCAGUGACCAUCCCCCUGCCUCUGACGUCCGCCGACCUCUGCUCACCAUGGGUUGGAAGUAAAUUGUUACCUUCCCCUCGCUCCACAGAAGAAGACAGCCAGCUGCAGGGGUCCCUGUACUGGCCAAGCCAGUGAGCCUGCGGGGAGGCUGGACCGAGGAGAAAGCUAGCCAGCUCCCAUGACCUCGUCCUACUACCCCAACAAGGGACGCUUCGUAUAGAUGUGUACAGUAUAUGUAUUUUUUUAAGUGACCUCUCCUUCUGCAGACCCCACAUGCCCAAAGGCCUCAGGACUUCCCACCGCCUUGCUCCACAGAUCCAGCCAGGCCCGACCCGUGCCGGUCGGUCUCUGGCUGAUCCUGAGGCUUUGUCUUCCUCUCGUCAAUUCUGUUGGUUGUAUUUUUACUGUUUUUAAGAACUCAAAAAAAUAAAAGACUUGGAGGAAGCGUGCAAGUUCCCAGUACCUCUGGGGCACAGGCUUCUUGGAAGGGACCAUCUCGCCAA